UUAAAAUCCCAUUAAAACGUUUUAUGGAAAUAAACACGAUUCCCUCAUCAAAUCGGAUCCUUGCCCGUAGCACCCUAAACUUCCAUGCAGCCUCUCACCGUCGACGUUCCUUUUCCUUCUCAUAAACGGAAACGCCUCCAUACAAAACACAACUAAACCCUAAAGCCUGUGACGCUGAGAGAGUGAGAGAGAUUCCAUGAAUCCUCGUCCAUGGCAACUCCAAAGAAACCUCUCUUUUCCAUCAGCCCUUGCCAAGGGCAAUUUCGUCGUUAUUGUUGAAACGAUGCGUCGCAGAGCCAAUUCAAAGGCCGACCUAAAUUUCCCGCCAAUCCGACCUAAGAUCACGUAUCCUUCCAGCCACGCCAUCACGGAGAAUGUGGAGGAGCUCACCGGUCGAUUAAAUAGUGGCGGGUCAACGGUCAGGGAUAGCUCCGUCGAGUCGGUUUCGGUUUUGUUGCCGGAUUGGGAGGUUCUGAUGAUCGUGUCGCCUGGGAGUGUAGUAAAUUCGGGUGAGAGACUCUGGUGUCUUUACGCGAAUAACGCGACUUCCAAGGCGAUUUUCGCCGGGGUCUUACCGUCUACGAACCAGACGACGUUCAAGUGCUGGUUUCCGGAGAGCGCCCGCCGCCGGAAGAUGUUCUUGCAGCCGGUGUUGUUGACGAGAUCUCCGGAGAAGGAAAAGUCUUCGGAGGCGGCGCCGAUAAUGAUCAAGUGGAGGUUCAUGGCAUACGAGUCGUUUUCGACCGAAGACGACGUCGUGUUAUUCGUGAAGGGCGUGAAUAACCGUCAAGGUAUCAACAGGUCUCCAAGCGAUUUCAAGUGCGUGUUCGGCAAUAACGGCGUGAAAACGGCCGUCACGAGCUCCACGCAAGAGGUGUUCCGGUGUCCGCACCCGAACUUAACGGAGGUCGAUUCUGGCGGGGAUGAUGAGAGACUCCAAAUCAAAGUCUCCCUCGAAAUUUCUGGAGAAAACCUGGUGGUCCCCUCUGUUGCGUACUACACUCCCCCGUCCACAAUAGCACUCCCAAGGCGAAAGUCCUUAUUGUGCGCAUGUACAAUGGUGUACAACGCGGCCAAGUUCUUAAGGGAAUGGGUUACUUACCAUUCAAAAAUUGGCGUGGAUCGGUUCAUAUUGUACGAUAACGACAGCGACGAUGACUUGCAGACGGUGGUGAAGGAUCUUAAUCAAGAGGGUUAUGCCAUGGAAACACUGUUAUGGAUUUGGCCCAAGACGCAAGAAGCUGGUUUCUCUCAUGGGGCUGUAUACGUUAAUGAUUCCUGUACUUGGAUGAUGUAUACGGAUGUUGACGAAUUCAUUUUUGCUCCAAAUUGGAAUAAUUCAGAGCACCCAUCGGAUCAAAUGCUCAAGUCCUUGUUACCAGAUACCGCAAAAUCAUCAUCAUCGAAGCAGCGGCAUCAUCAUCAUCGGAUCGGGCAAGUCUCGUUUAGUUGUAACGAAUUUGGGCCUUCUGAUCAGAAACAACAUCCGGUUGAAGGGGUCACACAAGGGUAUACAUGUCGUAGACAGGAGGAGAACAGGCACAAAUCGAUUGUGUUGUUGGAUGCAAUUGAUCAUUCGUUGCUUAAUGUGAUACAUCAUUUUGGGUUAAAGGAGAAUUACAGGAGCAAGCAGGUGAGGAUGGAGGUUGGUUUGGUGAACCAUUACAAGUACCAAACAUGGCCUGAAUUCAAGUCCAAGUUCAGGAGGAGGGUCUCUGCUUAUGUGGUGGAUUGGAGAAAAGCCUCAAACCCCAACUCAAAGGACCGGACUCCGGGCUUGGGGUUUGAGCCCAUAGAGCCCAAAGGGUGGGCUCACAAGUUUUGUGAAGUGAGAGAUGAAAGGUUGAAGUUGUUGACACAAGCAUGGUUUGGGAAUCAAACUUCGAAUGGGCUUAAGAUGGCUUGGCAAAGGUGAAUAUUCAAGAUGGCUAGGAGAUUUAACAUCGGAAUACUACUUUAUCAACAUUGUUUAGAAUCUUCUUAAGUGUUGAGUUAAGAAGGAAAGGAA